AUGGCGACGCAGGCAUAUCUAUUAUUGUACAACACGGCGCAGGCCCUCGGUUGGUCCGCAGCCCUGGCCACCACUGUUCGCUCAAUCGUCGUGAACGGCGGGAGCCUGGCGGCAGUUUACGGAGAUUCGGGAUGGUUCGUGAGAACAUUCCAGGUGGCUUCGGUGUUGGAAGUGUUUCAUGCAGGUUUAAAGCUCACAAGGACGCCCAUGUCUGCUGCACUGAUGCAGUGGGCUGGUAGAACGCACGUGCUGAUCGCCGUAACACAUGCCAUACCUCACUUGCAGACGACUGCAGCCGCAGGGAUUCUUAUCUUGGCGUGGGCGCUCACCGAGGUUAUCCGAUACCCUUCGUAUGCUCUUUCACAGAGCUGCCCCGGAUGGCUGAACUGGCUGCGAUACACCAUCUUUAUCCCGCUCUACCCAAUCGGGGCGGCCUCAGAAAUGAAGCUAAUGUACGAUGGAAUCCCAACAAUGACGGCGAAAAAGAUGUACAGCAUCAGCAUGCCGAAUGCGUAUAACUUUGCAUUCGAUUAUACCUCGUUCGUCAAGGUUGUCCUCAUCCUGUACCCUUUCCUGUUCUACCAGCUCUAUGCCUACAUGUUCGUCCAACGCAAGAAGAAACUCGGUCCAUCUACCCGUAAGAAGGAAGACUAGUAGCUAUUCAUAUUAGAAGGUUGCUAAGAUUAUGUCAUAAUAUCUCCGAACGUCAUCCUCGUCGGCGAGUGAGCGCAAGGGACUGUGAGCGUCGUGCCUGCCCCUCCUACGAUGGUGGGUUUCACAAAUUGCAGCGCCUGAUUCCAACAUCGGCUACUACCAGAUGCUCCACAUUUCUCAGUCAUGGCCGGGUAGGUGCAUAUAUCAGCAAGCCCAUCAGUUUCGCCGCUCCGAUUCAAUGUCAGCGUGAACCAGAACACAACGGCAUUCGCACAACCUGCUGCGAUUGAAUUCACUUGGACGGCUUGCUCUCGGCAGUAGUCAGCAACCGACGACGGAUCAUCCAGAGGUGCGUCGAAGUCAAAACCGAAAACAGGGAAUGGCUCGGUGAGAGGCAUGAACUUCACACGAUCAAGCCUCACCGAGGUAUAUUUCUUCACCUCAGGCGGGCGUAAAGUGUCAUAAGCAGCCCACCGUCUCGCAGGCGAGUCUUUUGGUGAAGAACUGGAAGGCAUAAUGAUUGGUUCUGGCUGUGGCGGCAUGUUGACUACCAUGGCCCACACUUUUGCUGCUGCUGGGAUUACCAAUGCGUUUAGUGUAGCAAGCUCUCGGCGAGCAUGCGCGACUGUAGGUAUCACACCUUCACCCAGCAGACCAUCGUCCAGAACCUCAGAUAAAACGACUGUGGGUUGAAGGCCUUCCUUGAAACCCAGAUCCGGGACCUUCAGGUUUAGCGACGAUCCAUGAACAACUGAAACUUUGCCUCCAAAAC